AUGGCGCAGCAAAGAAAUGAAGCAUAUGAGGUGAAAUUCUGCUGUUCAAUCUGUCUGGAUCUGCUGAAGGAUCCGGUGACUAUUCCCUGUGGACACAACUACUGCAUGAGCUGUAUUAAAGCCCACUGGGAUGAAGCAGAUCAGAAGAAUAUCUACACCUGUCCUCAGUGCAAACAGACUUUCUACCCGAGGCCUGUCCUCGUGAAAAACACCAUGUUGGCAGAGUUAAUUGAGGAACGGAGGAAGACAGAAGUUGCUCCAGCUGAUCACUGCUAUGCCAGACCUGGAGAUGUGGCCUGUGAUUUCUGCACUGGGAGGAAGCUGAAAGCCUUCAAGUCCUGUCUGGUGUGUCUGGCCUCUUACUGUGAGCAACACCUUCAGCCUCACUAUGAAUCUCCUACUUUUAAAAAACACAAACUCAUUGAAGCCUCCCUGAAGCUUCAGGAGAACAUCUGCUCCCGUCAUGAUGAGGUGAUGAAGAUUUUCUGCUGCACUGAUCAGCAGUGUAUCUGCAUUCUCUGCUCAAUGGAUGAACAUAAAGACCAUGACACAGUGUCAGCUGCAGCAGAACGGACUGAGAGGCAAAAGGAGCUUGGUGAAAGUCGGCAAAAAAUCCAGCAGAGAAUCCAGGACCGAGAGAAAGAUGUGAAGGUGCUUCAGCAGGAGAUGAAGGAUAUCGAUUCCUCUGCUGAUAAAGCAGCGGAGGACAGUGAGAAGAUUUUUACUGAGUUGAUACAUCUCAUUGAGAAAAGACGCUCUGAUGUGAAGCAGAAGAUCAGAUCUCUGCAGAAAACUGAAGUGAGUCGAGUCAAAGAGCUUCAGGAGAAGCUGGACCAGGAGAUCGCUGAGCUAAAGAGGAAGGACGCUGAGCUGGAUCAGCUCUCACACACAGAGGACCACAUCCAGUUUCUUUACAGUUACCCCUCACUGUCCAAACUAACGGAGUCCACAGAGUCACCAAGACCAAACAUCUACUGUCUGCAGCACUUUAAGGAUGUGGUGGCAGCUGUGACAGCAGCCAGAGAUAAAAUGCAGACCAUCCUUACUGAGAAACUGUCGUUAGCAGAGCCCACGACCAGAGCUGAGCUCUUACAAUACUCACGUGAAAUCACGCUGGAUCCAAACACAGCAAACAGCUUCAUGGUUUUAUCAGAGGGGAACAGAAAAAUAACAUUUAAUACAAAAAAUCCGCCAUAUUCUCAGCAUCCAGACAGAUUCACUCGCAUAUCUCAGGUCUUGAGUAAAGAUGAUCUGACUGGACGUUGUUACUGGGAGGUGGAGAGGAGCAGGAAAGCUGUUGUUGUUGCUUAUAAGAGUAUUGCCAGAUCAGGGGACUUGAAUGCAUGUGUAUUUGGAUUCAAUGAGAAGUCUUGGAAUUUACAUUGUGACAAUAGUUAUACCUUCAGACAUGACAGCCACUCAAUCAGCAUCUCAGGACCUAAAUCCUCCAGAAUAGGAGUGUACCUGGAUCACAGUGCAGGUAUUCUGUCUUUCUACAGCGUCUCUCAAACAAUGACUCUCCUCCACAGAGUCCAGACCACAUUCACUGAGCCGCUCUAUGCUGGACUUUUUCUUGGUGGUUCUAAUGGAGACACUGCUGAGUUCUGUCAACUCAAGUAGUCAUUGAAGAGGCAGAGGACAGGGUAAUAUCCAAGAAACAUAUUAACUUAUGGAGGACAUGAAUGCAGGUGCAGUUAUGUAUGCUUUACAGGGACAAAGUGAUUUGACACAGGGUGGCUGGUGUUGUUGAUUUUGUGUGUGAUUUUAUCAAAUGCAGAA